UACGAACCCCCCCUGUCACGUGACUUAUGUACACUUUGCCCAACGACCAAACAAGCCGAAUGGAGGCAGAUUUGAAACGCCUCAGCUUUUAAGUUGUUAGUGCUCACCAAGUCUGAACCAGAAGUGUUCCCAGGAUGGACGUGCCACAGAGUCCUGCCAAACGACCUCGGAGAGAACCACCUCCGUCUCGACCCAAACAGCGUAGAGCCUCUGGCAGGAGAAGCAUCGGGCCAUCAACUAGUGCCAGCGCGAGGAAAAAGGUCAUCGCUUCAAAGGUCGUCCACGCUUCAAGAGUUGUCCAUGCGCGAAAGACACGAACCGCGCUGUUCAAAUCUGCUGGUAACAAGAGGAAAAGGAGCGUGGUGAAUGAGGAUCAGAUCAAAGGCAAAGGACUGCUGAAGCUCGCAAUCUACAAGAACUCUGGAUUUGUGACAGUUCACAUCAUGCAGGGGAAAGGACUGAUGCCCAGAGAGAGAAAAGUCUGUGACUCCUAUGUCAAGCUGUCCCUGGUGCCAGACUGUGGUAGGAAGACCAGGUGUAAGACUGAGAUAAUCCAUGACACCAGGAAACCUAACUACCAGGAAACUUUCUCACUGGAGAUCAGCGAUGAAGAUGUUGGCAGACGCCUGCAGAUCGCUGUGUGGAACAGAGACAAGCAGAAGAAGUGCAGUGAGUUACUGGGCUGCAUGUCCUUCGGAGUGGACAGGAUGCUGGAUCAGACUAAGGUGGUGAACGGAUGGUACUACCUGCUGGACGAGAAGGUGGGCAUCCACAAGCACCUGAAGGCCGUCAACAAGAAAGACAAUAAGAAGACAGCUGCCAGGAGACCUACUUUAGCAUCUGCAGCCUCCGGCUCCACAGUAGGGAGUUUUCCCGAGUCAGGAGGGGAGGUGUUUAACCUGCCACCACCCAAGAUCAACCGAGAGGUGCAGUGGGAACAGCCACAGCAGAUCACGAUUCUGAAACAGUCUGGGAGCUACGGCUUCACCAUCUGCAGUGCCAACCCUGUGUGUGUCAAGUCUGUGGAUAAAGAAGGAGCUGCAGCCCGUACAUGUCUGAUGGAGGGGGACAGCAUCCUGCGCCUCAACGGCAUCAACGUCACCAUGGUUACUGCUGACCAACUGGCUGCACAAAUAAGGAGCUGUGAGGGCCCCGUCACCCUGCUGGUGCAGAGAUGCAAGCAGAGGUCAGAAGAUGACAGCAGUGGGAGAAAUGCUUCAUGUGCUUACAGUCAAGGGGAUGACAAUGUCUUUCAUGAAGAAGCAUCAGCUACAGCUAGCACCACAGCAGGCUCAGCAGAUAGCACCCAGUUCUCUCACACUGCGACUGGCGGCUCCCUUCUUGCGGACAGCACAACAGAACGGCUGGAGACUCCAGACUUCACAUGCACUCUGGAUCCACUGAUAUCUGACACAAGUUUCACUGCUGAGAUCAUAGCCAAUCUUAAUAAGAUCACCAUGGAUACACCUACCAAGGUUUGUUGGGAGGAGUGA